AUGAAGGACUGGCAGCGCUCUCCGGAGCCGCCCAGCAUGAUGGGCACCGCCGUCCUCGAACGGCGCCACUCGGGCGACUCGCCCGACCGCACCGUCGUCGACGCCGCCGCCAUCCUGCCCAAACUCACCGCCCGGCCCCUCGGCGGCGGCAGAGACGCAAAGCUGUCCCUCACCAACAUGUGCAGGAAGGUCGUCCUGCGCAACCUACAUGCCGUACAAAACCUCGGCGACAUGCCGUUCCGGAUAGCAAAGGACAUCCUCGAACAGUGCCGCGUCGACCAGCUCAUCACGAUAGAGGAGGCCUCGCCGCACCUGCUGACGGAUACCGACCAGAUCUGGAAGCGCAACUGCCUCCGCGACUUUGUCGAGGUCCGCAAGAAGUACGAGAGCGACGCAAAGGAGCCCAAGAGCUGGCGUAGAGUCUACUUCAGGAAGAAGGGCGAGCUCGAGGAGCAAAAGGCAGAGGCCAAGCAGCGCAUCAAGGACCGCUACGCCUCGCACCGCGCCGAAAAGGAUGCAAAGAAGCUCGUCGUCUCGGACCGACCGUUGAUGAAGACCAGAGGGACUCGGCGGCCCGGCGGCGGCUUCGCCACGACCACGACGCCCGGCACCAAGGGCCACAGCCUCAUCAUGAAGGCUCGCUCCGGCUCCUUGGCGGCGGCUCGGCUGACCGGCGGCGGCAAGAAUGCCUUUCGACCAACCACCGUCGGACGGGCGCGGGCAGCGGGCAGCCAACUCCAGUCCAGCAGCCCCGUGGCCCAGCGUCCGAUGGUUGCGCCGAAGCGGGUCAGCGGACAGAGCCAGCGGCUCAAGGAGGCCAUCGAGUGGAACCAGAAGGCGGUCGCCAGCGACUCGGAAGACGCCAACGACGAGGACCGGCUGGGCGACACGCGGGCGACGAAGCGGGCCCGCAUCGAGCCGCCGAGGCAAGCUGCCGCAACAGCGCCUGAUGCGAGCGUACUCGGCCGGCCGUCGGCCCGGAGCACGGCUGCUGCGAGCGCCGCAAUCUCGUCAAGCCCAGCGAGCAGCAGCAGCGGCAGCAGCAGCAGCACCACCACCACAACCACCACCACGAUCGGCAAGCGGCGGACCAUUGACUUUUUCGGAAGCAGCAGCCGGUCAUCUACGAGCUCGCCAGUCAAGACGUCAUCGUCGUCGGUGACGGCAGCGGUGGGCACGACGACCAAGGCCAGCAGCAUCGACAGCCCGUCGCGAGGCACAAAGCGACCCAGCCCGGCGGUCACGGUGACGACUUCCAAGAAGGCGCGCCUCGCACAGCCGUCUGCCCCAACAUCUUCUGCUGGAGGGGCGAGCGGCGACUCAAGCUCGGACGAUGCCUCGGUGCGAAGAUUGGCGACGAGGCCGAGCCUUGGUCCUCGUACUGACUCUUCAAUUGCCGGCGCGAAGAGGUCGGCCACCCACGACAGCAGCAGCAGCAACAGCAGUAGCCCUCUGCACAGCCCCCCGAUUGGCGCGACGACGGCAAAGAGGCAGCGGCUGCAAGGCGGCCGACCACCGGCGAUACCGCCGCCAGCCCCCGUUGUGCGACGCACCCUCCCUUCGACAUCGACAUCUACAUCGAGACUGCCAUCAUCUUCGUCGUCGUCGGCGCUGCCGAUGGUUUCGGCGGCGGCCAUGUCGAGCAUCUUUAUGCCGCGCAACCGCUUCACUUCGCAGCGGCCGCGGUCGUGA